AUGGCUCACCAUGGCCAUCGCCAUGACCGGAUCAGCAGGCUUAUCAGAGCAAAGCAUCGAUUAGCGGCGGGUGAGGCAGAUCCUGUCGACUUAGAUCUGCUCGGCGGCGCGAACACCAUUCAGAAGCCUGCUUUUUCUUCCUCGGAUAUUCUGUCAAGUGAUGCGAAUUGUGAUCCGUUGCAAAAUACUACCUGUCUCGAGGAUAUGCGGGACACUGCUGAAGUGUUCCUCCCGAAACGGCAAGAGGCGGAAACGCCCUCCACCACAGUGGUCGAGACCCUCGUCCAAGUGGUGGACACCAACUCUCAGACCUUAUGGCAAUCGGUCGGCGUCAACUUUCCUGUGACCAUUUCCGACCCAGCAUUCGGCGCUCUCACUAUCACCGGCAGUUCACCUGCAUCGACUGACGCAUUGCUUUCCUCGACAUUUCCGCACAGUACAGCCGUCCAGCCAAUGUCGUCAAUGUCGGCGGAAAGUCCAGUGCCUACGACCAAACAGCCCGCCGCCAUUUCAUCACCCAGGGCUUCCUCCUCGGUUAUUAGCUCUGUGCCAUACACGUCAACUCGUCUCAUUCCGUCGUCACGCUCUGCUACGCCUUUGCCCACUUCAACCUCAGUUGCCGCGGUAGGCAAUUACUUUUCAUCCUCCAGCUCGCCCACCACAACAAGCUUCUUUUCUCAUACCUCAGACUCGUCUACCUCCACUGCAUCAUUGAGAGGCACUGAAGCGACUGGCUCAGGCACUGGCAGCGGCAGCGGCGGCGGCAGCGGAUCUGCGCCCACCACGAGUCAAGCACAGUCUUCGUCAGGUUCCGGAUCGGGUAUCGAUCCUACUACAUCUAAAAUCGUCGGUGGGGUCGUAGGAAGCGUGGCUGGUCUUACUAUGAUAGUCCUGCUUCUAUUUUAUUUCUUCCGUCGGCGAAAGCUUCUCCUCCAACAGCAGGGUCCCGCGGCUCUUCUUCCAUCUGAUGCUGGCGGGACGACUCGAGAAGCGGUUGAAAGAUCUUCGAGCAAUGAUCCACUCUUUUCGGCAGCAUACCUUGCACCGGCGUUCAUGAAACGUUGGCGCCACUCGACUAUGACCAUGAAGACUGAGAGCACCGUCUCCUCCUCGGCUCCCAGCGAGCGUGGGUUCCAGAAGAUCUCCGGGCGCAAGAUUCCUCCCGUCCUUACCCACGGUGGUGAUGGCUACGGCGGUGGAUUGGAAGGUGACUCUCCAACCAUUCCAGGGUUGCCUCCCAUAUCGCCAGCGGGAGGCCCGCUCUCCUCGUCCCCACAAGCACCGCCCCCCACAUCACCGUACGGCAUGGUACUCGACACAAAAUAUACACAGGAAGCCGAGGAACAUGCGGACUCCUCAGUGCGACCCUUGCCUUUCCGUCUUCCCGUCUCCAGUUCGGUGAAUUUUGGUACUCCAACUACCGUAACGCCAUCGCACCCAAUCGCCCAACCCCAGACCGCCGUCCCGGUAGGGCCCCUACGGCCCGAUGGGUUAGGCCGCAGCCUUCCCAGCCACGAUGGAAGUCGCAGCAGUCGAUUCACGGAGAGCCUAGAUCGGUGA